GUUGAUGGCUGAUAAACCGAAUUAAUUGCUGCAUAACUGCAUAAGAUUAUUAAGCCUGAUAUUCUGAUAUUCUGAUAUUCUGAUAACUAUCCUCUAUUGAAUUCCGAUUCUGAUCUUCCUCAUAUCAAAUAUCUGAUCCUCAAGUUCUAAAUUCAGAACUUCCAACAAGUCACAAGACUACCCACCGAGCAUAUCAUUAGUCAUGUCGCUCGCUUCAACGUUAAGUUCACUGACAGAAGAGUUAGUUGAGGUUAUUACUGCAACUACAAGUCAGUCGGAUGCCGGUCGUUUCAAUGUUCUCAAGGAGUCUAGCUUGAGGAGUCUUCGUUAUCAUAACUUUCUUCGCACAAAUCAGUUCGAUGUUGAAGCGAAACUCAAUGGCUUUGAAGAGCAUUUUCGUGUUGUCAAUCGAGAUGGCUUGGCUGAUGCACUAAGGGAGCGUUUGGAUGCUCUAACCCAAGUAUCUAACAAAUGGACACCCGAAGUUCUCCAUCUGCUGUUACAGCUUGAAGAUCAGCCUAUCAAAAAGUCCAAACUCAGCGAUCUCGAGUUGCUCAAAAAACCAGACGAGAGUUCUGGACCACCUCUCAAAUGGGACGAUAUUGCCAAGGAAGAAGGCUGGGACCAAGAUCGUGACCUGUGGAAAAAUGUCAGCUUUGAAGGUGGUAGUUCUGAUGAUGGAUAUGCCGAGAGCAUAUCUGAUAAAUCUGAAGCGGAGCUUACCUCCGCAUCGUCGGUUGAGGCACGAUAUCAGAAGUCUCUCACAAGCUUUAUAGUUGAUUCUCAAGAUAAGGACUACCUGGAUAAAGUUCGAGAAGCCCAAGUCUGGAGGCACGCCGCGGCUCCAAAGGACAUAACAGGGAGACCUUCCAAAAUUGCCGUGUCGGAGUUUCACGUGGUACGGGAGGUGCUUUUUAUGCUCAACGGUUUAGAAAACACCCUUUUCGAUACGCAGGGAGUUCCAUCAUUACACUAUCAACUGAAGCAUGCCUCCUGGGAAGUGUACAGGGCAUUGUUGGGGUCCUUCAGCGAAGCCGGUCGACAGUUAUCCGUUUUGCGCCAAUUCGCAAAGCAGGUCCAGCACAUCCCAUUAUUACAGGUCUUUCGCGAAGCAGUCGAAAACCGUCUCCGAUUAUUUGAUAGCGAAGUAUCUAAAUUACAAUCGCAAUACGUCGCUAUUGAAAAAGAUGUCGUUGUGAGUUUAACCGAAGUUCUAGGCGAGGUGAGACCACACCUGGAGCCCCUAGCUUGCCUUUCGGACAUAAUUCAACAACUUCAAGUGUCAAAAUAUCCUCGCCCCUUUCAUUACCUCGAGCUUCUCUUUGACACUGCUGAAGCUGCACAGUUGGAAGGAAGGGAUGUGGUGUAUGAGUUCAUUGCCACGUUGUUCUUCGAAUGUUUCCAGGUCUAUCUUCGAUCCAUUCGGGUUUGGAUGAUGUCUGGAGAACUAAUUGAUGGAGAUAAGACAUUCUUCAUCACCAGUUCGUCAAGUGAAGUUCCCAUGAGCCAGGUCUGGACCGAUCAGUUUACACUACGAAGAACUUCUGACGGCACGCUGUAUGUACCAAGGUUUCUACAACUAGCAGCACCUAAGAUUCUUACUACUGGUAAGAGCGUCGUCGUUCUUAAGCACCUUGGAAAAUACAACGCGAUUGGAUCUCAGCUGCCAGAAGCGUCCAUGGAAAUAAAAGGAGACUUUGCAUCCACCUUUGGUGUUUUUGCCCCCUUCUCUGAAGUUUUUGGCAAUGUUUUCGAAAGGUGGAUGGAAACCAAGCAUCAUGCCGCUUCUGCAACUCUGCAACGAACCCUCUUCGAGUCUUGCGGUCUCCGAUCGGUUUUGGCUGCACUCCAACGUGUAUAUCUCAUGUCUGAUGGGUCAUGCUCUGAUAUGUUCGCAUCUGCGAUUUUCAAUAAUAUUGAUAUUCUCAACGCGAACUGGCACGAUCGCUUUAAUCUGACGGCACUAGCACAUGAAGCAUUUAGUAGCGUCGCCAAUUCACAUCGGAUUGCCGUCAGUGUUUCAUCGGAAGGUGUGAAUGAUGAUAUUAAUGAUAUCCGAAGAUCUGUCCGUCAAGGUCUACCGUCACUUAGGAUAGUAUAUCGUCUGUCCUGGCCGAUUCGGAUCGUUUUAUCGGACGAAAGUCUCGCACUGUACCAGGCAGCCUUCACUUUCCUACUACAGCUCCGGCGAGCUAGCUACGUCCUGCACAAAUAUCGCCUCGCAUCUGACAACGUGGCGGGUACAGCGAAUGCGUCACCAGAUCAAGCAACUUACUAUGGUCUUAGAUCUAAAUUUCUCUGGUUCUGCAAUAUACUCCAUACGUAUCUUAGUACUUUAGUCCUUACACCACUUACGACCCAGCUUGCCUUAAGUCUCGAACAAGCAAAAGACGUUACCGCCAUGAUCACAUCACAUAGUACCUUUGCAAGACUCAUGAUCAAUGAGAUGUGCCUAGGGAGUAAGCUUGACCCUAUUCGGGAAUGCAUUUUGGACAUGUUCGAUCUCGCUAUCAGGCUACAGGACGCCCGCCAGCUAGAGUCCGAGAGAGAGCAAGAAGAGACACAAGAAUUGUCACGAUUAUCAGUAAAUUCUCCGUCCAAAGGAGCUGAUAACCAGAGGUACAUAGAGGCGGGUGAGGAGGAAGAUCAGACGUUCCUCUUCGACCAAGACAAAAGCACAAUGAUGCAAGAUAGGGAGAAGAGCUUCGCCGAGAUCCUUGGCGAGAUACGUGCCGACUUUGACAGACACUUGAAAUUCAUCUCUAGUGGGCUUAGAGGCGUUGCGAGGGCGAGUGGCGACGCUGCUGCAGGGAAGUGGGACUUGCUAGCAGAGAUGCUCGAGGUUGGGAUUCAGGAACGUAGGUAGGUGCCUAGGUAUGAGCCUCAUAGACCUACGUAACCUACAUAGAACAUUAUAAAAAUUAUUGAGUAGGUAAUCUAUGACCAUCAGUCAGACUUCUACCUUCACCAAUACAGCUGCAAUAUUGAAGCGAGUGGAUAUCUUAGGCUGCUUCACGGACUUGUGUAGAAAGGCUCCAUUCAGACCGCCCAAAAAGGAGUUCUGAUGACGUCCCCCUAAAUCGAAAUCGCAUAGACCCCCAACCAUCUAGCCUUAGCACACUUCAAAGAUGUUACAUGGUUUAUUUUAGUUGCGUCUAAUCACAGAUAUAUGUGACCUAUCCGCGCACUUCCCGCACUUCCCAGGAUACGGUACUUCAUUUGAGCCAUACAAAUAUUGAUGCAUACAUCGUCGUCGAUGACUAGGCGUUUUCUUAGAUCCGCACCAAAAUGAUGACCCAGUAUGACGAGAGCAGCCAGCCCAAACGCUCCUCAGAACAUACUGCAUUCUACAGUGAACCAAUUCCGGUAAAGUAAAAAAAGUCUAGGCUCCAAUAGGACUAUGUACUACUUACCCAAAAGAGGGAAUCAUGAAUCCCUCCCAGCCGCCGGCAGCGAUAGCUUUUAAGGUUCUUGGC